CAGGCAAUCGUUUGGACGUCCCCGCGUUUGUGUCAGCUUUGUAGGACCCCGGCCAGCGCAAGAGCGUGUAGCAUGGCUGGCUAGCAGCUCAAAAGAUCUCGUCUUGUCUUUAGUGCGGCAACAAGAACAAUUGGUCGAGUGUAAUAAUUCUACUAAGUGGCGAGGAGGACGGUGAACAUGUCAGAAGUGAAAGUGAAGAUGGAAACGAACGUUUGUGAGCCCGCCGAAGUUGAAAACAGUGGUGGCGUCCUCUCAUUUUCCAGGCCAAAUUGAGAGCAAGCGCAUCUUCAGAAUGAUGAUACUCGUGAAUCACGUCCAUAUAGUUUUCAAUCGUGUCCAGAUGCUGCGGACGUGUGAUUUUGAACACCACAAUUGAGGAGCAUUUUCAUCUCUUUCAGAACAACUGAAAAUUUCAACCGAAUAAGACGUGGAAAAGUCUCGUCAUGCCGCGUCGCACCAUGGGCGAAAUGACCAUUUUGGGGGCUACGCAGAUCAAGGCACUGUGUCAGCAGUUUCCUCACGGCAUCACGGACGAGGUGAUCCAGAACGACAUGCCUCAUUUGCAACCUCAGCAGAGAGCCAUGGCCAUCAACAAACUGCUCUCAUUGGGUCUGCUGGAUCUUCUGAGGAACAGCAGCGGUCUCCUCUACAGGCUGAAGGACACGCAGAGUGCCAGCAAGAUGAAAGGUUCAGACAAUCAGGAGAAGCUUGUAUACCAGAUCAUUGAAGACGCCGCCAACAAAGGCAUCUGGAGUCGAGACAUCCGCUUCAAGAGCAACCUUCCUCUGACUGAGAUCAACAAGAUCCUCAAGAACCUGGAGAGCAAAAAACUCAUCAAAGCUGUCAAGUCUGUGGCGGCAUCCAAGAAGAAAGUGUACAUGUUGUACAACGUGCAGCCCGACCGCUCGGUGACCGGCGGCGCCUGGUACAGCGACCAGGACUUUGAGUCGGAGUUCGUGGAGGUUUUGAACCAGCAGUGCUUCAAGUUCCUGCACAGCAAGGCGGAGUCUGCACAGGACAGCAAGCAGAGUCCGAUGCUCCAGAGGAACAGUUCCUUCGCCACCUCGCAUGAAGUCUGGAAGUACAUCUCCGAGCUAGGCAUUAGCAAGGUGGACCUGUCCAUGGACGACAUCGAGACCAUCCUGGACACGCUGGUGUACGACGGCAAGGUGGAGAUGAAUGUGAUGGCAGCCAAGGAAGGCACGCUGGGCAGCGUGGACGGACGCAUCAAACUGUACCGCGCCGUCAACGGCGUCGUUGCGCCCACCGGCCUGGUCAAGACGCCCUGCGGACUCUGCCCGGUUUUCGACGACUGUCACGAAGGCGGCGAGAUCUCGCCGUCCAACUGCAUCUACUUGGAUCAAUGGCUCGAUUUCUGACACUGACGUCGUCACUGAUUCCCACGACAAGAUUCUAUAAUUAAUUGUUGUUUUUUUGAACAGCAUGUCAAAUGCAUUCUGGGUAACGACAUGCAAUGUAGCACUUUCCUAUCUUCAAUAAAGUCAUUCAUGCGCCA